AUGACAAACACUGCCUCCGAAAUCAUUUGGGUGGCACACUUAUUACGCGAACUUCAUGCCUUGCCAACCACAGUUCCCACUCUUCUCUGUGAUAACAAAAGCGCCUUAUUUCUCACUCACAACCCUAUCUCUCACAACCGGGCUAAGCACAUUGACAUUGACUACCAUUUUGUUCGCGAACUUGUUGCCUCUAUUCAGCUUAAUACCAAGUUCAUUCCUACACAUCUUCAACUCGCCGACAUUUUCACCAAAAGUCUUGUGAGACCACUGUUUGAACGUUUUCGAACCAAGCUUCACGUUGGCCCGCCACCGAUCAGCUUGACGGGGGGUUUCAUUGCCGGUUUUGGAUUUCACAUUUGUUUGCUGGAAAAUGGUAGGGUGGCAGGAUUUACUCAGCCGGAUUUGCUAUUCAAGCUGGCAUCAGAAACCCUGAAGAAGCUUGCUCGCUCCAAGGGAAUCGAUUCCCAGCUCAAGAAAUUGAAGAGGUCAUUAAUUCAGAUCAAAGCUCUUCUUAAUGAUGCUUCUAAGAAGGAAAUAAGUGAUGAAGCUGUUAAAGAAUGGCUAAAUGGUCUCCAACAUUUGGCUUAUGAUAUAGACGACCUACUGGACGAUCUAGCAACAGAAGCCAUGCGCCGAGAGUUCAGCACCAGCAAGGUAAGAAAGCUAAUCCCAAUACGCUGCACAAAUUUCUUACUACGUACUAGGAUACAUGGGAAGUUAGAUUAUAUUACAACCCAAUUAGAAGGAUUAGUAGAGGAAAAAAAUAGUCUCGGUUUAAGUGUGAUAGGAGAAAGCCCAAAACAUGUGAAUAGAAGAUUAGAGACCUCUUUGAUAGACGCAUCUAGCAUUGUUGGGCGUGAAGGUGAUAAGGAUGCGUUGCUCCACCAACUAUUGGGUGAUGAACCAUGUGAUAAGAACUUCAGCAUCGUCCCAAUAGUUGGUAUGGGUGGCAUAGGUAAAACCACUCUAGCUAGACUUCUGUAUGACGAAAUGCAAGGGAAUGAUCACUUUGAACUCAAAGCAUGGGUUUGUGUUUCAGAUGAGUUUGAUAUUUUUAGUAUAAGCAGAACUAUAUUCCAGUCAAUAGACGGUGGAAACCGAGAAUUUAAGGAUUUAAAUCUGCUUCAAGUUGCUUUGAAAGAGAAGAUCUCAAGGAAACGAUUUCUUCUCGUUCUUGAUGAUGUUUGGAGUGAAAGCUAUGCCGAUUGGGAAAUUCUAGAACGCCCAUUUCUUGCAGGGGCACCUGGAAGUAAGAUUAUCAUGACAACCCGGAAGCUGUCGUUGCUAACCCAACUGGGUUACAAUCAACCUUACCAUGUUUCGGUUUUGUCACAUGACAAUGCUCUAUCGUUAUUUUGUCAACAUGCCUUAGGUAAAAGUAACUUUGAGUCACAUCUGACACUAAAACCAUAUGGUGAUGGUAUUAUUGAAAAAUGUGGCGGUUUACCAUUAGCUUUGAUUGCACUUGGGAGGUUGUUAAGGACAAAAACAGACAAAGAAGAAUGGAAGGAGGUGUUGAAUAGUGAGAUAUGGGGGUUAGAAAAGGUAGAUGAAAUUGCACCGGCUCUUAGACUAAGCUAUAAUGAUCUCUCUGGCUCUUUGAAGCGGUUGUUUGCAUACUGCUCCUUGUUCCCAAAAGACCAUGUGUUUGAUAAGGAGGAGUUGAUUCUGUUGUGGAUGGCAGAAGGGUUUUUGCGCCAAUCAAGCACAAGCAAGUCAGUGGAACGCUUGGGUCGUGAAGGUUUUGACGAGUUGUUGUCGAGGUCAUUUUUUCAACAUGCCCCAGAAGACAAAUCGUUGUUUGUGAUGCAUGACUUGAUGAAUGACUUGGCCACAUCUGUUGCUGGAGAUUUUUUUUCAAGGUUUGACAUUGAGAUGAAGAAGGAACUUCAUCAGGAGGCUUUGGAAAAGCACCGCCAUAUGUCAUUUGUUUGUGAGAAUUAUAUGGUUCAGAAAAGGUUCGAGGCACUCAAAGGAGCUAAAAGUUUGAGAACAUUCUUAGCACUGUCUUUUGGGGUGAUAGAAAACUGGACAACAUUUUACUUAUCAAACAAGGUCCUGGAUGACUUACUGCAAGAGUUUCCAUUGUUAAGGGUCCUCAGUUUGCGUUAUCUUAGCAUAAGCGAGGUGCCUGAAUCGAUUGGCAGUUUGAAGCACUUGCGGUAUCUUAAUUUAUCUCGAACUCAAAUCACACAUUUACCGGAUAGUGUCUGCAACCUUUACAAUUUACAGAUGUUAAUUGUUUCUGGCUGUAAGAGUUUGGAAAAGUUGCCCGGGAACUUCUCAAAGCUUAAAAAUUUGCGGCAUUUUGACAUGAGAGAUACUCCAGAGUUGAAGAAGAUGCCGUUAGGGGUUCUUGAGUUGAAAAGCCUACAAACUCUUUAUGGGAUCGUUAUUGAAGGAGACGAUGGAUUUUCAAUCAGCGAUCUUAAAGAUUCAAAGGAUCUCCAAGGGAGAAUUUCCAUUAAGGGGCUGGAAAAAGUGAGAGGCUCAAUGCAUGCACAGAAAGCGAACUUAUCUGAAAAGAGGCUAAGUGAGUUAGAGUUGGAAUGGAGUGAUGUAUUUGAUGGUUCUAGAAAAGAAACACUUGAAAAGGAGGUGCUUAAUGCACUAAAGCCUUGUAGUGAUAAUCUAAAAAGCCUCGAAAUUGUGUCAUAUGGAGGUAUAGAGUUUCCAAUUUGGGUUGGGGGUCCCUCUUUUGGUCGGUUGACUUGUGUCUCAAUAAUUGGUUGUAAAAAGUGUACAUCUCUACCUCCACUUGGGCAUUUACCAUUACUUAAGGAGUUGUAUAUUGCUGGGAUGGAUGAUGUACAAGCUGUAGGUCCGGAGUUGCUUGGGACUGGUUUUGCAUUCCCGUCACUUGAAAAUCUAACUUUUCGAGAUAUGGUUGGGUGGGAGGCAUGGUCAACCAGUGGUGGGGUUGUCGAUACAACGUUUCCAUGCCUUCAAAAGCUUUGUAUUGAAAGUUGCCCUAAUUUGGUUAGAGUCUCAGUUGAAUCACUGCCUUCAUUGAGGGUUCUGAAAAUAGUUGGUUGUGGUCAUGAGGUGUUAAGAAGUUUGGUUUGUGUAGCUUUAUCGAUCACGAUUUUGAAUAUAACUUCUAUUAAAGGACUUAAUGAUCAGGUGUGGGGAGGUGUUAUAGAGUAUCUUGGGGCAGUUGAAGAAGUAUGUAUUACAAGUUGCAACGAAAUAAGAUACUUGUGGGAAUCAGAAGCAGAAGUAAGUAAGUAUCUUGUGAAUCUAAGGAAGUUGGAUGUAUGGAAUUGUUCAAAUUUGGUGAGUUUAGGAGAGAAAGAGGAGGAGGAUAAUUGUGGGAGCAACCUAACAUCUCUGACAAGCUUAUCUGUAAUGGAUUGUGAUAGCUUGGAGCAUUGCAGCUGUCCAAAAAGCCUCAAGUCGCUUACCAUCGAGAAUUGUAAUAAAUUAUUGGAAAAGGAGUUGGUAGGAGGACGAGAGGAGCCUCUGAUCAACUCAAACAUACUCAUGCUUGAAUCUGUAUUCGUAACUGAUUGGCCAAAUCUAAAAUCAAUCACUGAAUUGAGUUCCUUCAAUCAUCUCACCGAACUCGAAAUAAGCAAUUGUCCAAAUUUGGAGUCAUUUCCUGACCAUGAGUUGCCAAAACUCAAUGUGUUAAUAAGUCUGGCAAUAGUAUAUUGUGAGAGUAUGGAUGCUUCCUUUUCUGGUGGGCUUUGGCCUCCAAAAUUGUGUGGACUUACUAUAGGGAAGUUGAAGAAGCCCAUUUCAAAGUGGGGCCCACAGGCUUUUCCAGCCUCACUUGACGACCUGACUUUAAUAGGUGGACAAUCGGAAGAUGUGAGUAAUAUCAGUCAGUUGUCCCAUCUUCUUCCUUCAUCUCUUACUGAGCUUCGCGUAAUCGAAUUUGAGAAAGUGGAAUCAGUUUCAAAGGGACUCCAACACCUCACCUCCCUCCAGCAUCUCUCAAUUAUUGAAUGCCCUAAGGCAAUAGAUCUACCAGAAAUGUUGCUGCCUUCACUUUUGAGUUUGGAAAUAAGGGGAUGCCCAAAUCUGAAAGAAAUGAGUAGUAAAAGAGGCUCCUACUGGCCCCGCGUCUCACGUAUUCCCUGCAUUGACAUAUCCUGA